UGACAGUACAGACUCACUUCGUCAGCAGUAAACUACAUACUUUUCACCCAUUCCUAACACGCCAUAACAAAAAAAUACCGAAAAUGCCGGCGGACAUCGUCACCACGGAGCAGCUGCGCUACCAGCUCGCGUUCACCCACCGAAUGGACAUGACCACCAGGGCCUGGAUUGAUCGCUUCUCGUGGUUCCCCAAGAUGCAGGAGUGCCACUAUCGCAGGAUCAACCAGAUCUACGAGGAAAGUCGCCAGGAGUACGGCGCGAAGCACUUCGACCUCUACGCCCGGCGCCGGCGCUUGGGCAAGAAUAUCUCGCCGUUGUACGAGGACGUGAAGAAGUCCAGCAAGGGGCCCCGGUCUCUGGAGGUAGAGCUAAACUUGGCCAAGGUGCCGCCCACCGAGAAUGGCGAGUACGGCCGGGUGAAGCCCACGGCCCUCCAUUUUUGCUAGGAUGUCGAGAGCCAAAAGAGACUGCCGGUGGAGGGAGUUGGAGGUGUUCUGGACUCCACUGGGGCAAAGUCUGCUCCCGGUGCCCCACCACCGGCCCGCACAAUUAUACUAUCAUCGUCCGCUGACAAUGCAACUCUCAAUGGCCGUCACUCACUCAUUACGCGAUUUUUGCAUGACCGUGCGCAUAAUUAACAAGGUGUGAAUGUCAGGCUGCGCCGACAGCAACCGGUCCGCUCUAGAGCUCCUCCUGUGCUCCUCCAGCGGGUGAUCACUGUACCAGCGGCUUUCCUACUCCGGAAGGUUCGCACAGGUAAUUAAGUGAUCGCGUCUGUCCACUCGUUGUGAUGACUCGCCUAGUUUUUGUGUGCUAUGGAAGCUCUUUUUUUGAACACAAAGGCAUGGAAAUAUGAAAAUUCCGGAUAUUAUGACUGCCAUGAUGUAUAUCCCGCUAAGAACGGGGGCGGAUCAAUGAUAGAUGAUGCCUUUUCGAUUUUUAAAACAAUUUCAUAGAUUUACACGCACUUUACUCGUAUAUUGAAUAAAUUCUCGAUCUGCAAAUAAAACCCAAUAAAAAUUA